UGAUGCUGGAGAUGUGCAGCUGUUGGAUGCCAAUCGCCGAUACACCCCACCGAGGAAGAAGAAGAAGCGGUGCAGCCAAUCGUUGGAGGAAGACUCACGUUUACCCAGUUAUUCUUGUUGUAGGCUACUAAAAUAUGGAAAAAUCUCUCAAACUGCACUCCGAUCUAGCAGAGGACGUGGCUACGUCUUCGAGCUUUCGUCAAUUCAAGAUAAAACACUUCCACUUGGAUCUAAGCGUGGACUUUGAGAAGAGAACUUUGAGAGGAACUGAAACGCUACAGCUGAAAUGCAUCCAAGAUUCUCAAAGCGAGCUACUGUUGGACAUUCAUCCCUCCCUCUCAAUGCAAGAGGUGUCCUACUGCCGAAGUGAAGAUGAUUCGGAUUCGGUGAAAGUAGAAUUCAUGACGCGCAAUUUCACCAGUUAUGGCACCACACUGGUUGUAAAAUUCCCAGCACCAUGUAAAAUUGAGGAACAGUUUCGAGUGGUGGUCAAGUUUCUUGCUUCGGAUGGACCAGGGGUGUGCUGGCUGGAUCCAGAGCAGACAGCUGGGAAGGCCAAGCCUUACGUCUUCACCCAGGGCCAGGCCGUGCUCAACCGCUCCUUCUUCCCCUGCUUUGACACGCCGGCUGUCAAGAGCACCUACUCGGCCGCCGUGAAGGUUCCUGAUGGUUUCACAGCAGUCAUGAGUGCCAGUAAGGGAGAACACAGGAUGGCAGACAACACGUUCCUGUUCACCAUGGAACAGCCCAUCCCUUCCUACCUGGUGGCCUUGGCUGUAGGAGACUUAGUCUCUGCGCAGGUGGGGCCAAGGACCCGAGUGUGGACAGAGCCAUGCCUGCUGCAGGCAGCCAAGCAGGAGUAUGACGGAGUCAUCGAGGAGUUUCUGGUUGUGGGAGAGAAACUAUUUGGACCCUAUGUCUGGGGAAGGUAUGACGUGCUGUUCAUGCCACCGUCAUUCCCCUUCGGGGGCAUGGAGAACCCCUGCCUAACUUUCGUAACCCCAUGCCUCCUGGCUGGAGACCGCUCACUGGCUGACGUCAUUGUGCACGAGAUCUGCCACAGCUGGUUCGGUAAUCUGGUAACCAAUGCCAACUGGGGUGACUUCUGGCUCAACGAGGGCUUCACCAUGUACGCCCAGCGCCGGGUGUGCAGGGAGAUCUACGGAGAGGCCAUCACUAGUCUGGAGGCAGCGACUGGGAGGGCUUUACUCAGACAGCACAUGGACAACACCGGAGAGGACCACCCUCUCAAUAAACUGCGUGUGAAGAUCAAACCAGGUGUUGACCCUGAUGACACUUACAAUGAGACGCCAUAUGAGAAGGGCUUCUGUUUCGUCUCUUACCUGGCCCACCUGGCUGGAGACCAGAGUCACUUCGAUGCCUUCCUCAAGGCCUACGUUGACAAGUUCAAGUUCCGCAGUGUUAUGGCAGAGGACGCUCUGGAGUUCUUCCUGGAGUAUUUCCCUGACCUGAAGAAGAAAGGAGUAGACAUGAUUAAGGGUCUGGAAUUUGAUAGCUGGCUCAAUGUGCCCGGUUGGCCUCCCUACCUCCCUGACCUGUCGGCUGGCAAGAGCCUGAUGAAGCCUGCUGAGCAGCUGUCAGAGCUGUGGGAUGCUGAGGUCCUGGAUAUGGCCAGCAUCAAGACGACCAACAUCCAGGCCUGGAAGACUAACCAGGUUGUCUACUUCUUGGAAAAGAUCAUAGAGAAGUCCCCACUGCCUAGAGGUAAUAUGGAGAAACUGGAGGAGCAGUACCCUCACAUCGUGAUGUCAAACAACGCUGAGCUACGACUGCGCUGGGCCCUGAUGGUCGCCAAGAAUCAUCACCAGCCAGGAUAUCAACAUGUGCGCAGCUUCCUCGGCUGCCAGGGGAAACAGAAGUACACACUGCCUGUGUACCGUGCACUGUGGAAUGGAUCAGAGGAGACCAGGGCUUUGGCCACAGAGAUCUUCAGUGCCACCUCCCAUCAGCUCCAUGUCAACGUCCGCAACUACGUCAAGAAGAUCCUUGCCUGAGCGCAUCAUAGGAGCUGAACAUGAGAUCCAGAGUCUAGUCUCACUGACCCUGGCCUAGAGAUAUAAUAGAGGAGUAGUAGUCUUACCCAGUACUUUCAGAUGGCCUCCUUUAUUUAAAUGUACUGUACCAGGUUAGAUUGAGAUGCCAAUGUCAUCUAGCUUGGUCAGUGGUUACCAAGGAAAAGAGGCCAAUUUACAUAUUUUACGGUUCAAUUUAGGUAUUUAAGCAGGCCAGCCUUAAAGGCUCUGCUGUGGGUAUGUCUUACUUAAAGUACUUGCUGUGGGAGGGCAUAAUACUAAUUAAGUAGUAUUGGUAAAAAAAAAAAUUUGAAGGGAAAAUAAAACUAGGUAUUACUUUGUUGUAUUGAGUAUGUAAACCAUUGAUUAUGCUUUUUUUCACCCAAGCUAAGCUGAAUUUAAAUGUUCCAAACAGUAAAAGUACACUCUUUUGAAGUAAAUCCAGUAGUUGGUUUUCAAGA